GUUCUCAAGCAGUGAGUACAGCGGUAGUGUCGGCGGGUGACUGAAAACAUCCUGUACUAGAAAACGCUGCCAACUCCAUCUCGCUUCUCUGAGCCUGGCGAUCAGAUCUGUGCUACUGUGUAACAUCACGGGCCCCGAUCAUGCCGACUGGUACCUGUCUUCCUGGGAAUAAAGUAGCUUCUUUUUGUCUCAUCUUUCUGUAUUGCAUACCUGUUAUUGCUGCCGCAAAAGAUAUCAAAGAAGACAACCAUUCACAGGUUCAGGGGGACAGUCAUGAGUUCAGUAAGAGAUUAUUAGAUUUGAAAGAGAUUGUAUUUGUCAUUCAAAGCCAAGGAAACUCCUUCCAUGAAAACCAUGCAGAAAAACAAAGACAGGAGAUUCUGCAGCAGGCUGCAAACUCUGAACAGAACCUCCCGAUUGUACUGCUUAUUCACAAGCUGUCAGAGAAUGAAGCAGGAUGGAGUAUUCUUCCAAUAAUGCCUCGCUUUUCUGCUACCUAUGGAAGAAAUUCAUCAUGGAUUUUCUUCUUAGAAGAGGAAACUACAUUAAAGAUUCCUAAACUUUUGGAGACCUUGAGUCGGUUUGACAAGGAGCAGGAGUGGUUUCUGGGGAAACCAUUACAUGAUGAUGAAUCUACAAUCAUUCACCACUACGCCUUUGCUGACAACCCUACUGUUUUUAAGUACCCUGAUUUUGCAGCUGGGUGGGCCCUGAGCAUGCCACUCAUAAACAGGCUUGCAAAGAAAGUGAAAGAUGAACCACUUAAAUCAGAUUUUACCAUUGACUUGAAACAUGAGAUUGCACUUUAUAUCUGGGAGAAUGGAAAUGGUCCUUCCCUAACUCCAGUGCAAGAACUGUGCACCAAAGAAGAAGGUUCUCCUGCUGCAAAAGACUGUGCGACUACAUUGAAAACAUACCUCUCUUUCUGUGGGGAUCCUGUUGACAAAAAGGACAUCUUCAUUGCAGUGAAAACUUGCAGAAAAUUCCACAAGGAAAGAAUUCCAGUUGUAAAGAAGACUUGGCAGAAACAUGCUGCACUGAUUGAAUACUAUAGUGAUCAUGCAGAUGCCACUAUACCAACAAUCAACUUAGGAGUACCUAACACAGAGAGGGGUCACUGUGGGAAGACAUUUGCCAUAUUGGAGAGAUUUCUGAGUGAAGCUAUUCCAAAAACGAACUGGCUGGUGAUUGUAGAUGAUGACACAUUGAUCAGUGUUCCAAGACUGCAGAAAUUGUUGAGCUGUUACGAUGCAAAUGAGCCAGUAUUUCUAGGAGAGCGCUAUGGGUAUGGACUUGGGAUCGGGGGGUACAGUUACAUCACAGGAGGAGGUGGAAUGGUCUUCAGUAGAGAGGCUGUUGUGAGACUUCUUGAGAGCAAUUGCCGGUGUUACAGCAAUGAUGCCCCUGAUGAUAUGGUUCUGGGGAUGUGCUUCAAUGGUUUGGGAAUUCCAGUAACACACAGUGCACUGUUUCACCAGGCGAGACCAGAUGAUUAUUCGAGGGACUAUCUUGCUCACCAAAUUCCGGUUUCUUUUCACAAGCAUUGGAAUAUUGAUCCAGUGACAGUCUUUAAUAAGUGGCUGGCAGAAGAAAAUGACCCAAGAUCCCAACAGCCACAACACACAAUGAUUAGAGAGGAGUUGUAAUAUUUAGAACACCACCAAAUGUAGAAUAUCGCGAUACUUCAAACCUGAGAGAUUUUAUGCUUUUCAAGACUCCUGAAAACAAAACUUAAAUGGUUAAACAGAAUAGAUAAUUGAUUUAAUGAGAGCUGCAGCCAGUUUACAAUACAUUGUCUUAAUUAAUCAAUGUUUUUGUACAUUUGACAUUUCUUCAAUAGCUCAUAAACCAUUUGAGAUAGACUGUGUGUUAUGGAAACUCCUUGGAAAAUAUAACAAUUAUGAGUAUUGUCCAAUAGCAAUGAACCCAUUUGUGAUGAUAGUUUUAUAAAACUGCUUCACUGUUUACUGUAGGUCUCAUGUCAGAGACCAUUUGAGGUAGUGACUUUAUACAUGCAGGUUAUAAACCACUGCAGGCUAAACAUGUCAAUGGUCUUGACAUUGGACUCUGAUCCAAUAUGGUUGUUAUAUUUGGGGCAUACAGAUUUUUUAGGUUUCUAGUGUCAUUUAGUUUCACUGCCACGGUGUUUUAACCACUGACUAUGUCAGUGAUGGAAAACACUCACUUUCAAAUAGGGUCUUCACAUUUUGCACAUGCAGUAGCUGUUUUGACGAUUCUCUUUUAAUAAUGGUCGCAGUCCAACAAGAACCACUUUCUUGUCCCAUUUGUUGUAAGGCCAUGUCAAACCAUUUGAAAUUUAGACUUCUUGACAUCUGAUCUAGUAGGACUUCCAUAUCGGCUGUUAUGUAACAUUUCUAUUUCCUACAACCCACUUUGAAAUAUUGUUAUCAAAACCACUUCACAGUUGGGUCCUCAUUCUCUUGUUUAAGUUGUAUUAUGGAGGCUACUGGCAAUGAGAUCUUGUCUUCUUGUGAUUCUUGGUCACCUUCAUGAUCAUUGAUAUCAGCCAAUACAUAUUAAGCAUUUUGUGGCCAAAUUAGUUUUAAAGGAGUGUGAUUAACCUAUUAUCAGCAUUUGCAGCAUUGUCAUGUUCUUUUUAUCUUUUUAAAUAUCUGCAUGUUACAAAGGAGAAUCCAACUGAAAUAAAGAGCCAAACAAAUCUUCCACUGAAGAAAAGGUGGAAAGGGUAAUAUUGCUAAAUCGAUUUUAAAACCUUGUUUAGGACGUCAUUAACCUUCCACCGCAUUUCUAAACACACCUCCCACUUUUCAACCACUAAUACCAUGUUUUUGUUUAGUUCAACAUGUAUUUUUUUUUUAAAUAUAUUUAUAUAAUACUUUGAAAGUUACUGGUGUAGAAUAAAAAAAAUACUGUACUUGGCACUGCUGUAUUUUCAUAAAACAUACAAUAUUAA